GGGUUAUCCUUGUAGUGGAGGCAUGAAAUGAAUAGAUCGUAGGAAGGAAGGUUAGGUUGUUCUGGACAUGGUUACCUAACUGAGGACUUUCUGCUUCAAAACACUGGCGAGUGGAUGCAAUACCUGCUAUCACUGUGGCAGUUAUGUUCUGAGUGAGACUUCACUGAACUCAGCUAACCCUCAAUACAUAUUUUAGCAUUAGUAUGUAAUAUAAUCUUUAUAAAAUGCUGUCCAGAAAAAAGGACUUAAGGACAAUAAAGGAAGGCGUUGUUGGCAAAUAUGUAAAGAAGGAAACCCCACCUGAAAUGCCAAUUAUCAAUGUGUGGUCAACAGAGCCCACUAGGAAAGGUCAUCGCCGAGGAAAUCAAACCCCAUCACCUAAUAUGACAGUAGUGCAGCAAACCAGUAUCGUACAGAAGUUUGGCAACACCCGAAUGACACCAAGUACCUUAGGUGGCCAUGAAGGAAAAUAUACUCCUAGCAGCUCUGUUCCGGACUUGGCACAAAGAUUUGCAAGCUUAUCAGUUAGUAGCGGAAGUGAAGCAUCCAGCAGCAGUCCACGCCUGACCCAUCCGUUAUAUGGAGGUGGUUUGUCUCCUGCUAUGAGUCACACGUACAUCAACCAGUAUACAGGCUCUGAAUACAAUUUGGAUAAGCUUCAGGGUCCUCAGCUCGGCUCCGGUUAUGUUGCCAUGCAGGGUGGAGAUGAACUUCCACUACAUCAUGAAAUGGGUUACAAUGAUGUAUCAGUGUAUCAUAACCAUGCAGAAGAUUAUCGUUUAUCACCUUAUCAACAGGUGUCAGUACCAUUUGGUCAACACCUGGUACCUCCCCACUCGCUCCAUCACUCCUGCCGCACUCCUCACAAUAUUCACAGUCUGCCAAUGCCAGCUCACCCACCAGCUCAUCAUCAAGGACAAGGAGAGCAAGCUUCUUCUUCUCAAGGUGCUGGUAUUGAUCAGGCUGAAGAACUGCCUUUGCCGCCAGGCUGGUCUAUUGAUUAUACUAUGCGAGGACGAAAGUAUUAUAUUGACCAUAACACAAAGACUACUCACUGGAGCCAUCCUCUUGAGAAAGAAGGUCUUCCAACAGGUUGGGAAAGAAUAGAAUCACCAGAAUGUGGAGUGUAUUAUGUCAAUCACAUCACUCGUCAGGCUCAGUAUGAACAUCCUUGUGCUCCGCAUUAUAUCUAUCAGCCAGAGGUGCGGAUUCAUAUGGAGGUUCAGCCACGGGUUCUGGCACCUCCCCCUAGGCACACCCACUUUCAUCCUCAUAGUGUACUGGUCCCUGCAAAUCCGUAUUUGAAUGAAGUGAUUCCACACUGGUUGACUGUAUAUUCAAGAGCAUCUCAAGACUUAGAUCACAAACUUCGUUGGGAAAUGUUCAGGUUACCAGAGUUAGAUUGUUUUAAUGCAAUGUUGACACGUUUAUAUAAACAGGAGCUUGAAGAAAUAGUUAUGCGCUAUGAAGCAUACAGGGCUUCCUUAUUUUGUGAAAUGGAUCACAGAUUGACAGCACCCACUCCAGAUGAAUCAGAAACAGCUACAGACAUGUUGAAAGAAGCAGCACUCUCUCAGCACGUGGAGACAAAAGUGUAAUUCUUGUACUGAAUUUUUGAAGUUAAACACACAGUAUGCAUCUGGUAGCUGCAAACAUUCAGAAGAAAAUCUGUAGUCGUGGCUGAAUGUGUGCAUUACACAUGCUGAGGAUAUGUGCGCCAGUGGGAGUCAGUGCAGGAGUUUCUCUAUUUCAUUAAUUUCACAGUCUGGUGAUAAAAUACAGCCCCUGUUUAGAUAUUUGUGGUAGUGUGUUGUUACCAACUUGUGAAAUUUCUGAUACGUUGAAAUUCUUGUUUCUGCUCUGAAAAUUGCUUCCUACAUACAUAUUAUCUUGUACUGCUUAUAAUAUGCAAAAUCACCACUUUUUUAUUGUUUGCUUGUCUUUAUAUCUAAAAAACAACUCAUACAAGGACGAAGUGCUUUUAUUUGGUAUUUGUUGACAUUUAUUUACAUCACGAGAGACAGUUUUGAAUGUAAUAUCAUUAUGUCCCAUUGUGAGUUAUUUUUUUAGUGUGACUAAUUGUAUCUAAUGAUGUAAAUAAAAGCCAACAAAUAAUGAGUAAAAGUAGUUGAUUCUUGUAAUAUUUGUAUACACCACUGCAAUGUAUGAAGAAAUGGUAAGUGUACAAAAUAUGGUGGAAUCACGAUUUAAGUAGUUAAGUGCCUGUGACUUAUAAGUAUGUGAAUAUUUUACACUUGUAAUACACACUUUAUAUUCUACAUUUUAGGUCUAAUAAUGUGGGUGUUAUUUCCUACAUGUGAUUCAGACCAUUCAGCUGUCAGUGGCAUAAAUACAUGACAUGCCCACCUCAUUCAAUGUGACUACAUAAUACUCCUUUAAUCUGUAUGAUCAUUGCUAUGGCCAAUAACAGAGAUGUAGAAAUUGAACAACUAACUUAAUUGAAUACAGAGAUCUGAUGCAAAAUAUUUUUUAAAAAAUCAGCAAAGCAAAUGGAUGAAAUAUGAAAAGUCCUUAAUUUCAAGUCAGAUUUUGUCUUAAAACACAUCUGUAUAACCACAAGAAAUGCAGCUUAUAGAAUGAACCAUUUCACAGAGCCUACAUGGCAUAUAGUGGGACAGCUUUUAGCUUUUCGUUAGUAGUUUUCUCAAAGAGUACUUGCCAGUAACUGUAAAAUUCUAGAAUUCAUACUAAUUUUGCUUCCAUAGUUGCUUUGUCUGCUUUCCCCUGUGUCUGUACACACACACAGCUGUGAUAAAGGAUUUUAUUUAAAACUUAAUACAGAACAUGCCAACUAUAUUCUUAAAAAAGCGAUUCUAGUGGGUAGUAAUAAUGUUCUGUUGUCGUAAACUUCAGGUUUUAUUUAAAGUAGAUAGAGCCCAGUUAAUCUGCCCCUGUAUAAUCGGGAGUCUACUGUGCCUUUUGUUAUGUUCUGACCACUGCAUCAUACAGUGGAUCUAUCUUUAAAAUUAGAUUUUAUCAAAAUUUGUAAGUUUUAAUUCCUUCUGGUAUUCACCUAUUGGGAGAAAUGGUUUUAAUGAUAUACAUAUGUGCUGUAAAUAGUAAACUCUGGUAAGCUAAGUUUCAUGAUGUGUCAUAUCUUACUUGCUUCCUCCUUACAAGUUAGGUGAACAGCCACAAACCCACUCGUUUUAAUGUCUUAACUGUAGUUCAGGCUGUGAAGGUGUCUUCAGAAGAACCUUGCAGGAGGGUUGAGAGUUCCUUAUGUAGAUGCAGUAAUUAAAUAAUGAAGGUUCCAUGUAUUAACUUUCCAUGUGAUAUAUAAAUAUAUAUUUUUGGAGGAAUAACUUUAUACUAUAUGUGUCAUAUUUAUUAUGUAGCUUCCUGCUUAGUACUUGGGGUUGCUGUAUAUGCUGUACCUGAAUUGUUCAGGAAUAGGUUUGUCUAACUUUAAAUUAUGGAAUAAUCUUGUUUUUUUCUAUUCUUUUUCUGUAAAGUGUCAUGUGAAUAUAACACAGGUUCAGUUCCAACAGUCUAUUGACAACUUUUACUUCCGUCAAGGAAAACUGAACCCCAGGAUAAAAAUUUGUUAAGUGAGCAUAAAUCUGUAUUAAAGAAAUAUAAAAAUUAUAACAUAUCGUUGGAAAUAAAAAUUAUUACAAGUUAUCAACUUAUUUAAAAGAUGAUUGCUGAAUUCGUGCAUGCAGUGAUAGAGUUGUUGACAUUUAUAUAUGCUAUACAUUAAGUUAUAUUUGAUAAACAAAAGACAGUACACAAAAAUAAGCUGUUUUCUGAGAGACUACAAGUCUGUCAUACUUUCAUCCAAGUAGACCAUUCUGUAUAACUACCUCCUCAUCUUAUAAGAACAAAGAUCAGCUUAUAGAGCUUGUAAUAUACAAUAUAAAAAUAAGCUUGAUCACCAGCAGUAAGUGCUUCCUUGUCAUAAAAGAUACUGUGCACAUAUAUGAUGUUAGUUUCAGAUUAAAGGUAUAUUAUUACUAAUCAAUUAUUAAGUGCACCAUUCAUUUAACUAUAACACUUCCCAGACAAAAUUCACUUACCUGCAUUAGGUACAAGGAAAAAGCCAGAACUUACUGCAUGCCCAACAUUUUGAACUGAGAAUAAUAUUUAGGGGAAAAUGUUUUGUAAUUUAAAUAUUUUAUUUAUUUAAGUCUACUGAACUACCACAUUUAAAUGCCAGUAUAACUUGAGGGAAGAACAAGGUGUUACAAAUAACUUCCCAAGUUUAUCUUGCAUUCAAAUCCAUUUACACUUUUUAAGUUCUGUACUGAACUAGCAUUAGUGUGAGAAUUGUUUUUGGACAUAUGGACAAAUACAAAUCAUAAUAUUAA